UUUUCAUUUUGUCAACUGUCAGAUUGUCUUAAUUUGUCUUUUUGUCAUCAUCAUAGGUUGAAAAAUCUAAAAAUACUAGAAAUUACCAAUCGUUUCUUAUACUAACAGGUUUUUACCAACAAUAGCCUAGUUCCUGCAUCAUGUCGGAUAUAAAAAUAGUAGCAGCGAGUAUUGUAAACUUUUUAAAACGACAGCUAGAAGGCGACUCGCUCAGCGUGGACUCGCGCGAGAGCGUCGAAGUCGGCGUGCAGUGCAUCGAGACCGCAUUUGAGCUGGGCCCUGAGGAUGCCGCUCGAGGUGUCGACCUGCUGCAGCUCGUCCGUGCGCAGGUGCGUCCUACGUCGCUCGCGGCGCCGCCUACACGCUCUGAGGCUGAGAAGCUUAAAAAUGAAGGUAAUGAGUUUAUGAAGAGUGACCGCCAUCAAGAGGCAUUAGAGAAAUACACACGCGCCAUCGAGCUGGACCCAACCAAUCCCGUGUACUUCUGUAACCGUGCUGCCGCACACUUCAAGCUCGGAGACAACGAAGGCGCUGUGGCCGACUGCACAGCCGCACUGACCCUGCAACCAGACUACAGCAAGGCGCACAGUCGCCUCGGCCUGGCGCUCACGGCUUUGGAGCGACACCGCGAGGCUCGCGCGGCCUACGCCCGCGCCGUGCAACUGGAGCCUGAGAACGAGUCAUAUCGCCAGAACCUGCGCCUCGCUGACGAGCAGCUGGCGGCGCACGGCGAGCGACCGCCACUAGAUCUGGGCGGGCUCCUCCAGAAUCCAGCUCUGUUAAAUAUGGCCACUGAAAUGUUGGCAGACCCCAACAUGCAGAAUCUUAUUUCUGGGCUCAUGAGUGGCGCCGGCGGCGCGGGCGGCGGCGGCGGCCAGGCCGGCGGCGCGGGGGGCAUGUCCGCGCUGCUGGAGGCGGGACAGGCGCUGGCGCAGCACAUGCAGGCUGCCAACCCCGAGCUGGUGGAGCAGCUGCGUCGCCAGGUGCGUCCGCCCGGCCCCAACCCACCGCAGUGAGGCCACGCACUUUGCUCCUUGCAUGUUAUUCCUUGGGGAAGAUUGUUUAAUCUUUUAAGAUGUAAUAUAAUUUUAUUUUAUUCACAUUUACUGAUUAUGGAAAUGAGUUCAUGAACUUUUAUGUUUACUAGAAGAUACUGUGCCUACACUUGGCUGAGGACUCACUUGUAACAAUGGAUAGUCUCGCACGCUGUACCUCGUGUGUUGAUUGAUAUGGGUUCUAGUUUGUGAGGACAUAGCUACCAAUGCAGGCACAUGCUACCAAACAUUACAAUAUGCAUUUAUUCUCUGUCAAUGACAGCAAAUAGGUACUUAUCAAAAUGGAAGUUAUGUCACUGAAUCGUUAGUUAGACUUAAAUUGUAUAAAGUGAAUCCUGUAGAGGGUAAAAUGCAUGGAGGCCAUGCUCUUAUAAUGUAAAAUAAUAUAAUAUGUGUGGAAUGUUAAAUGAGAGGGAAGCAUCAAGAGUUUAUCUCCGUUUAGCCCAAAUUAUUAAAAGCUAAGGUUUCAAGAUUGGUAUUGUUAAUAAAUUUAUUUAAAUAA